AACAGAGUUCUUAAUGACUCUCGGACACCCAGGGCGGUUAUUGCCUAUAAAUCGACUAAGACCGGCAUGGCAAGACGAUAUCGCACGCCAUCUUAGCGCAGGAUCUGAUUAGUAACGUUGGGGCGGAGCUCUUAGCAACUGCCUCAUAAUUACGCACCACGCAUUCAUAUCUUGCAUUCCUGUGCAGCAACCACACAUACCGGUCUAUACCAGUAUACUACUGUCUAUAUACAGUUGAAACCAAAUCCCGGGAUGCCAUUUCGCCCACCACAAUCCUCCCUGUUUCGCUUCCUCGGCGCUGGCGCCGUCUUAUCGCUGAUUUUGCUUGCAUUCGUCACAUUCGGACACCUUGAAGGCUAUGGAUUCUCGUCGGGAUAUGUGAUUAAAGACAAAGCAAGCUCUAAUUUGCUAUCGCCAGAGCAGUGCGUGGAGGCGCAGGUUAAUAGCACGGGGGAGUGGGAAUUCGAUGCGCGGCGCGACGCCGAUAACCAUGGGCUAUCGGAGGGUCAGUGUCUGAGUGCGUUUCCGAAAUUGUUUGCGGACGUUGAUCGGUCUGCUGAGGCGAGAGCGAAAGGCGAGAAAGGCGCUAUUACAUUUAAAGAGGUGGACGAAGCUGGGAAGAUUGAGGAGAAUGGGAUGGUUAGGGCAGUCAUUAAGGGCGGAGAGUUGUACGUUCUCGACUUCGGAAACAUGCAGUAUACAUUCUCUCGAGGGAAAGCGACCUUGAGCUCCCUGAACCGCGCCCUCGCAGCGUACCCGGAUAGAAAAAAUCUCCCUGACAUCGAGUUUGUAUUCUCAACAGACGACUUCAGCACUGGACAGUCUCCUGUCUGGACUUAUUCCAAGCACCCUGACGAGGAAGGUGUCUGGCUCAUGCCCGAUUUCGGAUACUGGUCGUGGCCGGAAGUCAAAGUCGGCUCGUACAAGGAGAUCCGAGAACGAAUUGUAGAUGUCGAUGAAGGCGAUGGUACCAAAUACUACCGCGGUCUACGGUUCCAGGAUAAAAAGAAGCAACUUGCAUGGAGAGGCAGCGUGGGCACGAACGCCGACGUAAGAGGCCGUCUCAUUGAGGCCUCCCGCGGGAAAAGCUGGGCUAGUAUCUACGAGAUUAACUGGGGUGAUCCAGCACAUGUCAAAGCCAACCUUCUCCCCAUGGAAGAAUACUGCCGGUAUAUGUUUCUGGCGCACACUGAAGGCCGCAGCUUCUCUGGCCGCGGCAAGUACUUCCUUAACUGCCGGUCUGUGCUGGUCUCGCACAAGCUUGAGUGGCUAGAAGCGCAUCACGGAGCCUUUAUAUCGUCUGGUCCUGAUGCAAACUUUGUUGAGGUGGAGAGAGACUUCUCGGACUUGGAUAAGAAGAUGGCAUUCCUGAUUGAUAACCCCGAGACGGCAGAACGGAUUGCGGAGAAUUCGGUGAGGACGUUUCGGGAUAGGUACCUGACGCCGGCGGCAGAGUCAUGCUAUUGGAGGCAUCUUAUAAGGAAGUAUGCGGCUUCUUGUGAUUUUGAGCCGGUGUUGUAUAAGACCACCAGGACUGGGAAGAGGGUGGAUAGGGGUGUGCACUUUGAAAGCUGGAUUCUUGAGUCACACUAAAAGGUGGCUUUUUCUUGACUUAUAUAUUUUUUGAUGACAUGGUAAUAUGGGCAUAUACGGCGUUUUUAUAGUGUUCUAUGUUAUAUAUUAUGACUUAUAGAGAUGCCCAGUAUCUGGGUGUAUAUAGACAUGAAUUCAGUACAUAUUUUGACGAUGC